UCACACAUUUCUCCUCGAGCUGCCAAGAUGGGUCUUCGUCGGCCGAAGUCAAACAAAAACCCACCAAUUUUCAGCCAUGAAUUCUUCAUUCAGAACCACGCAGACAUCGUGUCCUGUGUGGCGAUGGUUUUUGUCAUCGGGCUAAUGUUUCAGGCAACUUCCUCAGUAGCUUCCUUAUUUGUUGCUAUGCAACACAACAUCACGCUUAAUGAUUCCACAGGUCAAUCCCCAGAGGCUGGUGUGCCUGGUCUCUACACCUAUGGCUCGAAGGAUGCCUUUAACAUUUUCUUCUAUUUACUCAUCUGUAUUGUGAUUCAUGCUGUCAUACAGGAGUAUGUACUGGAUAAAUUGAAUCGUCGUAUGCAUCUGUCUAAGAUUAAACACAGCAAGUUUAACGAGUCUGGACAACUGCUUACUUUCUACAUUGUCUCUGCCGUCUGGGGAGCUGACAUUAUCAUCAGGGAGAGUUAUGUGGCAAACAUCAACCAGCUUUGGGAGGGAUAUCCCCACAGUCAACUGCCAUUCAUUGUUAAAUUUUACUUCAUAAUCCAGAUAGCCUAUUGGAUUCAUUGCUUCCCAGAACUAUAUUUUCAAAAGGUUAAAAAGGAUGAUAUGUAUUCAAGAAUCCAGUAUGCAGUCCUCUAUCUGGUUUUCAUCACUGCUGCCUAUUUGCUCAAUUUCUCUCGAGUGGCACUAUGUAUGAUGGUUAUCCAUUACCUGGUGGAGUUUGUCUUCCACACUUCUCGUCUUCUCUACUUUGCUGAAAAAUCUGACCUAGCAGCCACAGGGUUCAUGGUGUGGAAUGUGCUGUUUGUGCUGGUCAGGCUGGGAACAAUCACACUGGCUGUCCUCACCUUCUGGUAUGGCCUGGAACAGACCAGUGUGGACAAACUGAAUAUACCUGCUGGCAACUUUAACACAAAAGUAGUCAGAAUUAACUCCCUGGCGGCUCUGUGUCUUCUGCAAGCCUGGAUGAUGUGGAAUUUCAUUACCUUCCAUCUGAAGCGGCUGCGGGAAAAGAGUGGGGCUAACCGGCGCCCCACAUCUCCCAAGAAAAAACAAAAGUCUGUCAAAGCUAAAGAUGAUGAUGAUGUAAACUCGCUACCAGAGGCCGAUCAAAACGACGCCACAGAGAAUGGAAGUGUCAGACAGCGUGCUGCAAAAGCAAAACGAAAUUAAAAGUGAGAGACAGAGGGGUGGAGAUUGCCAAGGACAGUCGACUCAAAAAUUAAACUAUCAAAAUGUUUACUUCAAAAUACGGGGAGAUGGCGGUUGACUAUAAAAGCGAAAGUUGGUUUGAAAUCUUUAGAUAAGUGAUAUCUCUGAUAUUCAGAUGAUAUCUCUGAUAUUCAGAUGUUGCAUACUUAAUGUUGAAGAUGUUGGAUGAAGCAAAAUGGGGAAUAUUGGGAUGCUUUUUGAUAGAUUUGUUUGAUAUUCUGCAGUUGGUCUAAUUGUUAUGUACAUGGUUCUGUGAACACGAAGACGUGUGCGUGUAUUAAGAAAAAUCUGAUAAAGAUCUAAAGUUUUUGCCAUGUAAACAACUUGUGUUGAUCACUAAAAUCACAAGUAAGGGUAUGAUUUUUUUUUUAUGUUUUUGUUGAGUGUUAGGAAAAAAAAUUGAAGGAAAAAUAAAAAAAUCAGUGUAAUGAUCCAUUUAAGAUUUCAAGGGCAGCAGUUUCCCUUUGCUUCUAAAAUUUCACAACUUUGAUUUUUGCUUUUUUGUGGCCCAGAAACAUUUUAUAAACAAAUUUCAUUGUUAGUGUUUGAAAAAAGCAUUUGUGUCGCAAGUGGACUGUAGUCAUCGCUUCAUACAAGAGUCAAGGUGCUUAAGGUGAACUCGUCCAACAAGCUACCUGUGGGCUAGAAGUUUUACCUCUGGCCUGUUAAAGUGUUGUCCAGCAUUUGCAUAAAACGUUGCCCAAAUGUGUGCAAAAACAUUUUCAGGCUUCAUCAAGGAUCUUUAUUAUCAGGCCCUGGGGUCAUGAAACGAUUUUAGACUGAAGUCAAAAUUUCAAUCAUUGCACUUGGUAUGUUAUUUUCCAUUAUUUUAGCUGAAAUUUGUUUCACAAUAACUUACCCACAGUUUACUUUGUUAAGCAAUAUUUUGACCUUGUUAGGUGAGAAAUCACUAUUUUAAUGUGAUUUAUAAUUUGGACCUAAGUCUAAGUUUGCUUAGUGAUGCCCUGGAAAAGCCUGUAUUUUGAAAGUAACUUUUCCAGACCAACUAAUGAGUCAUUUUGCAUCCAUGUAAACUUGUAUGAUUUGGAUAUUUAUUUAAAGUUUUCUGGAAAAAAAUGUGAGUUUUAGGCCCAGAAAAAGCUUGAAAUUUUGAAAUAAGUAGUUUUACAAAACCAUGUUGUUGUCCAACAUUUGCAAAAAUGCUUAGCUGUCCAGCCCGUGAAAGACAGUCGUCCAACCUUUGCAAAAACACACGCUUGUGCAACCUUUGCAAAAAAACACUUGUCCAGUCUGUGCAAAAACACAUGCGUGUUCAACUGAUGCUAAUAUGCAUUCUUUUCCAACCUGUGCAAAAACACAUACUUUUCCAACCUGUGCAAAAACACAUGCUUUUCCAACUUGUGCAAAAACCCAUACUUGUCCAACCUAUCCAAAAAAUGCUUUGUAGUCCAGCUUGUGCAAAGACACAUCUGCUGUAACACAUUAAUUCUUGUGCUCCACAUUCCUUUUCGAGCGCACCUAUUCAGAUAUGACUUAACAGUUCAUAAUUUAGCACAUCAGUUCACAGCUGGGGCCAGCUGGAUUUUAGGUUCCCCAUAUUUCGAUCAUAAAUGUGAUCAGGUGGCAAAUUUGGAUGCAUGAUAUGCCAGACUGUAGUUAUGGAGACUGAAACAAAAAAUUUCCACAACAACAGACAUUUUAGCUCUACGGAACGGCCAUGAAUACGUACUAAACAUGACAGACUUUGAGACGUUUUGAUACGUUCAAUUGUUUUCUCUGCAGCAAUGUAUUUUUUUUUUCCACACAGUAGGUCCUUAAAAAUAUUAGUUUGUGACUUUUUUAUACCAAUCCUUUUUUAUGUUAAUGUGUAUGCACUUUACUGUGUCUCUGAAGAAAUGAAUACAUUGGUUAAAGCAUGCCUUGGGUGGAGUGAACUUUCAAAACGUUUCAGUCCGCACAGGUGGUGUAUCAGUGUCCAUGAAUGUACAUGUUCUAUUACGCUGUAUGAAUACGGGCUUCAUUAUUUAAUACUCAUCGGUGAUUUCUGCUUAUUGAAAUAUCUCCUAUCAGACCAAUUUUUAAUCACUAACCAAGACAAAUGGGACUUUCUCAAGUGGCAUGAGUUCAAGGGGUGGAGUCGGUAUUUAGCACCUUAGCGAGCAACUAUUUUGCAGGUCAUAGAAAGAAAAAUGUAAUAAGUUGAAAGACGUUUUCGUGUCACGGGACAUACCUCUUCAGCAGGCUGUAAAGAUGGAGGAUGAAUGUUAUUGCUUUACGUUACAUUACGUUUUCCGUCAGUAUAUUCGCGUUCUGUUAUCAGCGAUACAUUAAAACGUCCAUCAACACCCCCCCCCCCCCCCCCCCCACACACACA